GCAGCCGUAGCGACGCUUGUUGGGAGUUCAGACAAGCGGAGGGAGCAAAAUGGCGGACGAAGAUAUUACGCUUGAUGGAAAACCUCUACAAUCGCUCCGAGUGGCGGAUUUGAAAGCCGCUCUGGAGCAAAGAAACCUCCCGAAGAACGGACAGAAAAGCACCCUGUUGAAGCGACUAAAAGGGGCGCUGAUGCUGGAAAAUCUUCAGAAGUCGUCCUCCUCUCACAGUGGGCUGCAGCCCAACUCACAAAUUGGUGAAGAGAUGAGCCAGAAUAGCUUCAUCAAACAGUACCUGGCUAAACAGCAGGAACUCCUUCGCCAGAGACUGGAGCGAGAGGCCCAGCAAGAGGAUGAGUCAGAAGAAAGCCCAGCAGUGCCAGAGGAGGAUGAAGACCACUCCGAGGACAAUGACAGCUCUGCCUAUGUCCCUGACAAGAAAUAUCACUCCAUACCCACGAAGCCCUCAAUGAGCAGAGGGGAGGAGAAAGGAGGAGGAGAUGCAGCGAUGGCUCUCGGGAUGAUGUCGUCGUCGUGCGGCGCUGACAUGGGCCCCGGUCCCAACCUCCACCCCCAGGAGUACCUUGAGGCCCCAGGAGCUAGGAUGCAGCGGGCCACCUUUCACCAAGGACACAAGGAGCCACCGGCCCCGUCUCCUCCGCGCGCUGUAGCCUCCCUGUCAGUGCGCGUCCUGGGCCAGCCGGACCGCCAAGGCCUGCCCCCCGCCGUGCCCCGCUCCCAGGAGAAGGAGGGCACCGCGCCGAGCGAGCCGGGGUCAGCUCAUCCUGUCCUUCACCUCAGCCGAUCUGCCGGCGUCUCGGCGGGAGGUCAAGCCCAGGAGGACAGCGACGACGAUGAAGACGGUGAUGACGAGAGCGAGGAUGACGAUGACUGGGGGCCGGGGCCCGGUGGGGUGCGAAGGGGCAACAGAGUUCCUCCCCAGCCGCAGCAGAUGCCUCCAAGUGCCCCGUCAACAGUUGCCAGAUCCAAACGCAAACUCCAGCCUCCGCAGCACAUCCCACCACCGCAGGUACAUCACACACCAAUGCAACUGCGCCACCCCACUCCCCCCCCAUCUCCACCCCCUGACCUGUUUCCCCUCCCUGACACUCCCAAACAGAGCCCACCAGACACAGACGAGCAGGAGGCAGAAGGCCCCGAGGCUUCACAUGGUCCCAGGGGGCCUUUCCCCCCUUCCGCCAUGCAGAGACAAGAUUCUGACUCAAGCUCUUGUUCCAGCAGCCCCGACCCCCCUAUGAAGCGUAGGCCAGGGCCCCUUUCUCUGCUCGUACACAAGAUGGAGUCAGAGGGGGCUUUCCGUGCAGCGGAGGCCACGUCUGCCUUAGAUUUGUCAGGAGAGGCAGCGCACUCCACUGCUGGGUCCGCCAGCUCCAGUGAAUCUCCGCUGCAAAGAUUGGAGAGAAAGAGGCUGCAGGAGAACAGAGAGAUGGAGGAAGAAAGGCGGCUGAAGGAGGAGAAAGAGAGGGAACAACAGCAGAAGCUGGAGAGGGAAAGAAAGAUGCUCCAGGAACAGGAGAGAGAGAAGAAACGCCUGGAAGAGGAGAAGGAGAGGAAGCGGCUGGUAGAGGAGGAGAAGCAGCGUCAGAAAGAGGAGCGAGAAAAAGAGCGCAAACGCCAGGAGGAGGAGAAAGAAAAAGAGAGAAAACGUCUGGAGGAGGAGAAAGAAAAGGAGAGAAAACGCCUGGAAGAGGCGAAGGAAAAAGAGCGAAAACGCCAGGAGGAGGAAAAGGAAAAGGAGAGAAAACGGCAGGAAGAGGCCAAAGAAAAAGAGAGAAAACGCCAGGAGGAGGAGAAGAGAAGGGCUGCUGAAGAGACACACAAGAGACAGGAGGCAGCCAACAAAGGCAGAGUGGCUGUGACUGAGGCGCAAGAUUCAGGUUCCUCCUCAGACUCUGACUCCAAAUCAGACUCCUCUUCACGCUCAUCACAAUCCUCCUCCUCCUCCGGGGAUAAAACCGGCCCUACCAGACAGCUGAAGAAGGCUGCCCAAGGAGCAGCAGCAGCAGCGGAUGAUGAGAAAAAGACUAACCUGAGUAAAGGGGCAGAACAACGAUACCUUUCAAAAAGGGAGGUGUCGGAGCCCAGCGCCGCCGCCGUCACAGAGGUGGAACCAGACUCGGAGGGCUCCAUGGCUCAGCAGCCGCCCUCUGGGGCUGAGCCAGAGAACAGCGAGGGCCGCCUGGAGGAGAGCACCACUCCUAAGGCUUUCGCUGCUCGCAAGAUAUCCUUGACCAGCAGCAAGACGUCUCCAGCCACCACAGAUGGAGGAGCAGGUGAGUCCGAGACGGGAACUGCAGCAGGGAGGAAGAGGCGGUGGGGCUCCAGCACAGCCGUCACUGCGAAGAAACCAUCCAUCAUCAUCACCACUGACUCACUGAAGUCGUUGAUCCCAGACAUCAAAGUGAACCAGGAGGCGGUGGUGGAGCUGCACCCAGAGGAGCUGCAGAUGUCCGGGGACGAGGAGAGCCCAGACAACAGCCGGGGGGACCAGGACAAAGGCCUCAAGAUCCGACGCACCGUCACACAGGUCGUCCCAGGUGACAGCCAGGAAAAUGGACAGACAAACGAAGAGGAAGAGGUGGAGAAAACAGAAAAAGAAAAACAACGCCGGACUUCCAGAGACAAAAGGAAGAACAGCGUGUCCGAGGAUGCCAUGGAAACACAGACAUUUGUCAAGCACGAAGGAGAGGAAAAUAAAGUCACCCCCAGUGACAGUCUGGUGCGCCGCUCCAUCAGCCAGCAGAAGUCUGGCGUGUCCGUCACCAUCGACGACCCCGUCCGCACAACCAGGCAGCCCUCGCCGCCUCGAGGGAAAAUCUCCAACAUCAUCCAUGUGACCAACCUGGUGCGACCCUUCACCCUGGGCCAACUCAAAGAGCUGCUGAACAGGACGGGCAGUGUGCUGGAAGAUGGCUUCUGGAUCGACAAGAUCAAGUCUCACUGCUACGUCACCUACGCUACGACAGAAGAGGCGGUCGCCACCAGAGCGGCCCUCCACGGCGUCAAAUGGCCUCCCAGCAACCCUAAGGUCCUCAACGUCGACUUCUGUGACCAGGAGGAGUUGGACAAUCAGAAAGGCAUCGUGAAGCAAGAGAAGGAAGACGACCACGUCGUCCAGCCAGUCGGCCCUCAGACCCGGCUGCCCCCUCUGAUGCCUGAACGAGACCGCGACAGAGACCGCGACAGGGAUCGCGAGCGAGACCGGGAACGUGACAGAGGCGUGGUGGGAGUGCGGGACCUGUGGGCGGAGCGGCAGAGAGAGAUGGAGCGCCGGGAACGAGCUCGCGGAGAGCGGGAAUGGGACCGGGAUAAGGUCCGGGAAUUUGCGAGGCCGGGAGAGGACGCACGACGAUCCCGAUCCAGAGACAGAGAGAGGAAGAGGAGGGAGAGGGCCAACAGCAAGGAGAGGAAGAUCAUCAAGAAGGAAAAAGGAGAUGAACCUCCUGCAAAACUGCUAGACGACUUGUUCCUGAAGACCAAAGCAGCUCCGUGUAUAUACUGGCUUCCCCUCAAUGAGGAGCAGGCGGCGCAGAGGCUCCUGGACCGAACCGAGCGGCAAAAGGAGCGCGAGCGAAGGCGCAAGGAGCGGGAAGAGGAGGAGGAGAAGAAGCGCGAGGAGGAGAAGAAGGAGAGGCUGAAGGGUCGGGAGAAGGACGGCAGCGUGGCGGCGAGCGGCGUGGCGGCCGCCGGCCGAGGCGUCGACAGAGAGCGCGAGAGGGAGCGGGCCCGAGACAGAGAGGGGGACAAGAAGAGGGACGGCAGCCACCGGCCCAGACGGCCCUCGGUCGGCGCCGGGAGCGGACGGCGCUCUCGUAGCCGUAGCAACCCCAGGGAUCGACGCCGCUGAGGGCCGAGCGACUGCAGGGAAAGCUGAAGAGAGAGAGAGAGAGAGAGAGAGAGGGGCACGGCGUAGCCGGGGACACUGCAGACAGGAAGUCUUGGGAGGGAGACACAUUUCUCUCCUCAGGUUCAGGACUUGUGUCUGCUCCUCGCUAGCCGCCCCGCCGCGCUUUUAAUUCGUCCACUUUUUGACGCCAGCGUUGUCUUCCACACACUUCUGCCAUUUCCCCUCCCGCCUCGUCCGUGUCCAUUCACACCCAGAAAUGAUAGUAAAACGACGGUUGAUUUAGCUUCCCCUUCCCCGCUCUCCUGUUCUCUCUCCGUCUUCCACCAGUCGCUCCUUUCCCGUCAGUAGAGAGCAGCAGACCUCCUCGUCUCCGUGUCGUGCUGUUAAAAGAAAAGACGGUGGUUUCUUUGGCUCGCCUCAGCAUUUUGUCCCGCUGAGGUUUGGGAGGCCGCCUCUUUAUUUUAGUUCUGCGGGUGCACAGUUCCUUCCUCCUCCUCGGAGCCCUGUAAUAAAACCAGUCCAAAAUAGAUCCCCGGCCUUCAGAUAUUUUCUAGGAUCAGUUUUAGUGUUCUACUCUUCAGCACUGAAUUUUUAUAUAUAUAUAUUUAUAUAUAUAUAUAAAAAUAUAUAUAAACGACUGAAUUUAAGUGAGGAUUUUUGUUUUAUGAAUCAUGUUAAUUUUUUUUUUUCAGCCUUGGAGGGUUGUUGUGUGUUACAGCAGGUGAUGUUUGUGUGACUUUAAUCUCCCACCAAGACGCACCUGGUUCCCGAGUCUCAACACUGUAACCUAGAAAAGUGUGCGAUAGUACAAGACGAGAUGUUGUGUGUUGUGGUGAAGCAGGAGACGUGCACACAGCCGGGUUUGUCUCUAGCAGACGGAGUCGAGAAGGGGAGGAAAUAAAAAAUUCUUGUCAAGUGAUUUAUUGUGUAAUCCGGACAGGAAGCCCACCUUCCCUGCACUGAGGUCUCCUCUCACCUUUCAAUCAUAUAUAUAUUUAAGAGGAGUUUAAGAAGUCUUAUCUUCUAAUAGAGUUAAUGGUUACAAUUUUAAUAUUUUUAAUUUUAUGUUUUUAGUUCCAACAGUUAAGAUUUUGUUGCUUUCCCCCCUCCCCCUUCCCCCCCGUUUCCCUUCCUGCAAGUGCUGAAUGUACCAAGAAUUUAAAGAAUGAAUAAAUUUAAAUUGGUUAUCAGCCUC